CAUCCUUGGCUCUUGUUCGGAUCUAAUGAAGGCAAUUCAUAUGCUGGUGACGGCGUCGACUGACCUGCAGAGGGACAUCGUGGAGAGCGGACGGGGCUCAGGCUCCGCUAAAGAUUUCUAUGCCAAGAACUCACGCUGGACCGAAGGCCUCAUUUCAGCUUCUAAGGCGGUGGGAUGGGGAGCCACGCAGAUGCUUGAUUCGGCUGAUAAAGUUGUGACCGACAGAGGCAAAUAUGAGGAGCUGAUCGUCUGUUCUCAUGAGAUCGCAGCCAGUACGGCACAACUGGUAGCUGCUUCAAAGGUGAAGGCAGAUAGAGGAAACAAGAAGCUUCACACUCUACAGCAGGCGUCUAGACACGUCAACGAUAUGGCCGCUGUAGUGGUGACGUCUACUAAAUCUGGACAAAUGCAGAUCGAGGACAAGAACUCCAUGGACUUUUCUGGCUUGUCUCUUAUAAAACUCAAAACUGAAGAAAUGGAUACCCAGGUGAGGGUUCUGGAGCUGGAGAAGCAGCUGUGUAGUGAGCGUGUGCGUCUCGGUGAGCUGCGUAAGAAGCAUUAUGAGAUGGGAGGACUCCCACUGGAUACCCCAGAGCAGAACACACUCCAGAGCUACACUCCCGCACAGAACACACUCCAGAGCUACACUCCUGCGCAGAACACACUCCACAGCUACACUCCUGCGCAGAACACACUCCACAGCUACACUCCUGCGCAGAACACACUCCACAGCUACACUCCUGCGAAGAACAACUUCGACAGCUCGCUGCCCACCGUCUUCCCUGACCCACCCACCAUGGAUCUGCCCAGUCUGGACGCUUUCAGCCUGGAGCCGCCUAAACCCAACCCUCCUGCUCCAGAACCAGCCAAACCCAGCUCCAAACGCUCCUCCAUCUUCCAGAAGUCUGGCCACAUGCUCAGGAACGCGUUUCGGUGAAAGGACACCAGAAAUCUUCAGAUCAUAUUGAACAUUAUUAAUUAUUCUGUUCUCCAUCAUUCUCUCUCUGUGUUCUGCUGUGUGGUGUAAAUUAUGGAUGUAAUAUAAUCAUGUUUAUUAAUUUAUAACAUUAUAAACUACUCAUUACGUCAUCUUAUUGUAUUAUUAUAUACAUUUUAUUGAACAUAAACAAGGGUAUUUUUCAAAACACUAGAGAGCUGUAUCAGGAUGUUGAUGACGGUUUUAUAUCUGGGAUCUUUUUCAGCUUUUAGUAAAUGUAAAUGCAGACUGUGGUCAAUAAAUGAUUAGUUAAGCUGUGGAA